AUGUCGUUGUUGUGUGCUUCUCCCCCUUCAUCCCAUCAAUUCGUCGUCAUUUCUCCAGCAACCACUUCCCACAACCGGAGACUCACCGGGAGUCACGCCACUCGUCAUCUCCUGAGGAUGUCACUGGACAACAACAACAAAAACAAUUCUAACAGUAAUUCAUCUUCCUUACUGAGUGCAGUGACCAACCUUCUCUGGGGUCGGUCCCUACCGCCAGGGCUUCUUGUCACCACCGUGCGCACCGCCUGGAAUUCUACUUGGCAGCUCAUGAUGUCACAGCUGGCUCCCUCUGACCCCACCGGCGGGUAUUCAAGACCCGCUUCUAAAUUCCGAUUCUCCGGUCCUCCACCCAAUGGUCUCCACCUCUACGUUGGCCUGCCAUGCCCGUGGGCCCACCGUACUCUCAUAGUACGCGCACUCAAAGGCUUAGAAGAUGCCGUGCCGGUGUCAGUCGCGUCUCCUGGCAUGGACGGGUCGUGGGAAUUUAAACGGGUCGGUGGCGUGGAUACGGGUCAGGUAAUUAGUCCUAGUUUGGAUAAAGCGAAUGGUUGCAAGACUUUGAAGGAAGUUUAUAGGCUUCGAAGAGGUGGGUAUGAUGGAAGAUCCACGGUGCCAAUGUUGUGGAGUAAAGAAUCCAAAGAUGUUAUCUGUAACGAAAGUUAUGAUGUAAUUCAAUUGUUCAAUUCCGGGUUAAAUGGGUUGGCCAGUAACCCGGAUUUGGAUCUUUCACCUCCUGAGUUAAAGGAUAAGAUUGAAGAAUGGUAUCAACUGAUAUAUCCAAAUGUGAAUAAUGGUGUUUAUAGGUGCGGGUUUGCUCAGAGCCAAGAAGCAUAUGAUAGAGCGGUAAAUGAGUUGUUUUGUACACUAGACAAGUUGGAGGAUCACUUGUCAAAUUCUCGUUAUUUGUGUGGAGACACGCUCACUCUUGUUGAUAUAUGUCUGUUUACUACUUUAAUUCGGUUUGAUGUUGCUUAUAACGUUCUGUUUAAAUGCACCAAGAAGAAGUUGUAUGAGUAUACUAACUUACAUGCCUACAUGCGUGACAUUUAUCAGAUUCCCAAAGUUGCAGACACUUGUAAUUUUCAAGAAAUUAUGGAUGGUUACUACAAAACCCUUUUUCCUCUCAAUCCAGGGGGCAUUAGACCAGUAAUGCCUUCAACUUCAGAGCAUGAAAUUCUUUACAGGCCUCAUGGCAGGGAAUCCCUAUCUACAUCAGCUAAGCCAGUGUUUGUUAAAUAG